AUGAACCUUGCCGGUGAUCCGUCAGGUUUCAUAAGCAUUGACUGUGGGGCGAGUGGAGAUUACACAGACAAUGUAACUGGUCUAUUUUAUGAGUCAGAUGCAACGUACAUUGACACAGGAGAAAUCAGGGAGACAUCUUUCGACUUCAACCUGUCAUGUUAUAAACAGCAGGUAAAGUAUUUGAGGAGCUUUCCUCAAGGAACAAGGAAUUGUUACACACUGAAGCCUAAACAAGGGGCAAACCAUAAUUACCUUAUCAGGGCUUUCUUUGCAUAUGGGAAUUAUGAUUGCAAAAACCAGUUCCCCACGUUUGAUCUAUAUCUUGGUGUUAAUAAAUGGCUGACCGUUGACCAGGGUACAGCAGCAUUUGAAAUUAUUCAUGUUCCCUCGGUGGAUUACAUUGAUGUGUGUCUUGUGAACACUGGCUAUGGAGUGCCCUUUCUAUCAGCGUUGGAUUUAAGGCCUUUGGAUUACUCCAUUUAUCGAAUUCAAGAAGGUGCACUCUCCACCAUUAGAAGAUAUGAUGUGGGUGGUGCUUCAUCUCGUACCAGGUACCCAGUUGACAUCUAUGAUCGCUUAUGGAAGCCUAUCAGUUUCCCUGACUGGAUUGUCAUUUCCACAGAGUCCUCAAUAUAUGCCCAAAGUCUCGAUGAUGGUUAUAAAAUACCAGCUGAAGUGCUGAAAACUGCUGCAAAGUCACUAAACGCUAGCAUUCCCCUGAGUUUAUACUUUGACCCUCCAGAUUCUUCAUCUCAAUGUUAUGUUUACUUCCACUUUACAGAGAUUGAAAAGCUUAAAGUUGGCCAGAAAAGGGAAUUGAGUAUCAGGCUAAACGGUGAACGCAAUCUUACAAAAUGGACUAGUAUUGAAUACCUAAAGCCAACCACCAUAGCUCCAAAUAAUCCACCAAUCAAUGGCACUCGACUUCAUUUUUCUAUUUAUGCAGCAGAAGGUUCAGAUCUUCCUCCAAUCCUUAACGCUAUAGAAAUUUGUGUGUUUGUAGAGCUUCCCCUUUCACCAACAAACCUUAAUGAUGUUAGUGUUAUCAAAGACCUCAAACAAAAAUACAGAGUGACUCGAAACUGGCAAGGUGAUCCAUGUGUUCCAAGUAGUUUCUCAUGGGAAGGUUUGAAUUGCACCAAUGAUGGCACUCCAAGGAUCAUAUCAUUGAAUUUGAGCUCAAGCAAACUGACAGGUGCGAUAGCAACUUCACUAUCUAAUCUUGAAGCAUUAACGAUACUAGAUUUAUCAUACAACAACUUGACUGGGCCUGUACCAGAAGUCCUUGCCCAAUUGCCAGACCUGAAAGUCCUGAAUUUAACUGGGAACAAACUCAGUGGUUCAGUUCCUGAUGCUCUAAUGGAAAAGUUCAAAUGUGGAACAUUGCUAUUGAGACUUGAAGAAAACCAAGAUCUUUGCCUGUCAAGUCCAUGCCAUGAAAACAAAAUGAACUUCAUUUUUCCAGCAGUGGUACUUAGUCUAGUUAUCUUUCUCAUUCUGCUCCCUGCCGGCACUCUGGCGAUGUACAGAAUUCGAAGAAAAGGAGCUACUGGAUCCAAGGAGGAAGGGUCUCUGAAAUCAAAAAAUCGACAAUUUACUUACUCUGAGAUUGUUAGUAUCACUGAUAACUUCAAAACUGUUAUUGGAGAAGGAGGAUUUGGAAAAGUUUACAUGGGCACUCUGGAAGAUGGCACUGAAGUUGCUGUUAAGGUUCUUUCACAGUCAUCAAGACAAGGUUAUAAGGAAUUUCAAGCAGAGGCACAACUCUUGAUGAUUGUUCAUCAUAGGAACUUGGUUUCUCUGAUUGGUUACUGCGAUGACCGUCACAAUAAGGCACUAAUUUAUGAAUACAUGACCAAUGGAAACUUAAAAACACAUAUUUCUCUAGAUGAUUUUGGCCAUUUUCACUUCCUUACAGCAACUAAGCUUUUGGGCAUUGCAGGGUUGGAUUAUCUACAUAAUGGUUGCAAGCCACCUACAAUACACAGAGACUUCAAGCCUUCUAACAUUUUACUAAAUGAAAACAUGCAAGCAAAACUAGCUGAUUUUGGACUCUCCAGAUUAAUCUACAAAGAAAAUGAUUCUGGUAUAGAUACAUGCCCUGCUGGCACACCUGGAUAUAUAGAUCCUGAAUUCUAUGUAACUGGGAUCUUAAACAAGAAAAGCGAUGUUUAUAGCUUCGGGAUAAUUCUGUUUCAGCUGAUCACUGGGCAACAUGCAAUUAUAAGAAGCCUUGGAGAAGAUAGAUACAUACUUAAGCGUGUGAUACCGCUAAUCGAAAGAGGGGAUAUCCAAAACAUUGUGGAUCCAAGAUUAGAGGGACAAUUCAACACUAAGGCAGCCUGGAAAAUAGUAGAGAUAGCCAUGUCAUGUGUGCUACCCAGCGCGGUUCAAAGACCGGACAUGAGUGAUGUGGUGGCUGAACUAAAAGAAUGCUUUGCUACUGAGGUGGAUCCCCAAAGAUCCUACCCUGCAGAAAGCAGCAACACCAGUUCAAGUGAUUCGCUCAAAAACGUCUGCAUUGAGCCUGGAAUGGAGAUGGUUCCCAUUACAAGGUAACUACUGAGUAUGUUGUUGUGCAGCAUAGCACUCCAAUUUCAUAUUUACAUAGUUACCGAAUGAAAAUGUCAGUUGAUUUAUGAGCUUUGAGUCUGUAUUGCAUAUGAGUUUGUACAAUGGAUUUCCUUUUCCUCA